CAAUUUCUAGCAACAGUAAACACAAUGCCCAAGUGGGUACAGGAAAGAACGUCAAAAUUAACAAAAGACUUCUUAUGGAAAGACAAAAAGAGAGGUCUAAUAGACUGGAAAUGGGUGACAAGCCCCAAAGAACAAGGAGGUUUGAACAUGCCCUCAAUUGAAAUGCGAUGUGAAGCUAUUGAAAUAAUGUGGGCAAAAAAAUGGUUGGCCCCCCCAGGCAAACGCCCCACAUGGGCCUUUGUACUUGAUGAAAUCAUCAAUAUGAAUGUAACAAAGAGGCCAAUAAUCGAUGAAGAAGCCCGAAUAAAUUGGGUAACACAGAAUUGGCACGAGUCAGAUGCUACAUGGGCAAAAAUCCCAGUUAGAAUCCAAACAAUGCUAAAGACAGUAAGGAAGUACAAUAUAGGUAUUGAGGCACUAAAAAUAAGUCCGAACACCAAAGGAAUGAUGCCGAUAUGGCAUCAUAUAGAUGCACAAUCAAAUAUGCUAUGGUCAAAGAAAGCUGCAAAAUGCUUAAGACGUAUCCACAAAGUGGUAACAGUU